CUCAUGUAUGAGACUGACCGAAAACGCCACACGGCCGAGCCCACAUGUCUGGAAUGCACACGCGCAGCCCUCCGACGACACGGUGUUUGCGGGUGCCAAGGCUGCCCGAAUCGGCGCAAAUUACAGCACCCAUUUCGGCCAGGGUGUGUGAGCGACGAGCGUGUUUCAGAGCGCGCUCUACUAGUCCCCUGGUUCAGCGUUCAGCCCCCUCUCCCCCUCCCGAGGCCGCCAGCCAAUGCGGACGCGAUGUUCAAUAGUUUGGUUUCCUUUGCGGGGCUUGCCGGCGUUGCGUUUCGUGCAACACUCCAUUGCGAGGCUCUUGCUCGUUGGGUGUAGCUCCAAUCCUUGCAUAGAGCACGCUAAGCUCAGAGCAGAGGGAAGAGGCAGAGAGGCGUGUGCUCCCUGCGCAACUUCACACUCCGUCGUUCGCUCGUUCGCUCGUUGCUCGUUCGUUCGCUCUGAAACCCCAGUCCUACCUUGCCAGCCUGUCAUUCUACCGCCUACUACAUACACUCCCUCUCAGCCCGCCCUGCUACUGGUACCCGCACAUACCCUUCAACCGCACCGUCCUACACCAUACAGCAACGAUAAACGCCACCCACAGCAGCCCCAUUCGCCCGCCCCCCGUCCGUGAGAGAGAGAGAGAACGGAAGAGACCCAAGUGACGCGGCGUGGAUAGCUCACUCGCCAUCUACUUUACUCACGGAAA